AUGGAACACACAAAGGUCAAGCUGGUCUGCCAGGCUGAAGGUCAUCCCUCAAACAUCACCCAAAAAUGGACCAAGAACGGGGUGGAUGUGAUGAGUGGAAUUCUGGGGCAACGUGGGGUAAUAUACGCCGAUGGCAGUCUGUUCAUAUCAUCAGUACAGGAUAAGGACAUGGGGUGGUACACUUGUGCCCCCUCCAACGGGCUGGAUCCUCCAAGAAUCCUGGCAAACCCGACAAGCAGCAACCGCCUACAUCUGACCACGGGAACGCAAGGGCGUUUGGACUGCCCCGCCGAAGCAAACCCACCAAUAACUCACGUGACUUGGUCGAUGAAUGAGAGAAGAUUGGAAGUGAAUGAAAGAGUGAGAAUGAUGUUGCAAGGGAGGAGUUUGGUGAUAGAUCCAGUGUUGGUGAGAGAUGAGGGUAGAUACUCAUGCGUGCCCCAUUCCAACAUUAGAAGCAGUCAGUCUGCCUACACCGUGCAAGUUUUUGUAAGAGCCAAUCAGAGAAGAGGUAUUAAACGGGUCAAUCGAGCGACCAAUGGCGUGCCUCCAUGCAAUCAUGUGACCCCGCGGACAGCCAAUCAUAGCGCUUCUGACAUUUAUAUUGCCGCUUUAUCGACUCUUUCAUGUCUGAAAAAUUCGUUUAAAUAA